ACUCACUGACUUCUUCACCAGCAUCAUCAACAUCAUGAAGGUGGUUCUCGCACUGACUCUGGUGGCCGCCGCUGUGGCUGCCCCAUCCGGUCCCCGUUAUGGCUUCAACCCCGGCCCUUCCUACAGGCCAACCCCGUCCUAUGCUCCUGCUCAGUACAGCUUCGACUGGGCGGUGAAUGACGCUCCUUCCGGUAACGACUUCGGCCACCAGGAGAAUCGUAACGGUGACAACACCCAGGGGUCGUACUACGUGCACCUUCCCGACGGUCGUCUGCAGCAGGUGACCUACGCUGUCGACGGCGGGUCUGGGUACGUGGCCGAUGUCACCUACCAGGGCGAGGCUCAGUUCCCUGCCUACAGUCCAGGCUCAUCCUAUAGGCCAACCCCAGCCUAUAGACCUGCCCCAGUGUAUGGUUAAAACAUAUAAAACCAUCGUUAAUGGCCAAUUAUGAAACUUAUCAAUGAAUUGCCUAAUAAAAAUAAAUUAUUUACCAAUUAAUGGUUCACUCCUAAUGUGAAAAUGCUUCUAGAAAUUCUAUGUAUAAAGUCUUUAUUUAGCAGCAAAGGUGUUUUUUCCACUCUUGUUUUACGGAUAAUGAAUAAAUACAAUUAAAAUAUAGAUUCUU